GCGGGCAAGGCCCCCGAUCACGUGAUCCCACCCCCCCCCCCCCCCCCCCCAACUCCGGGCGGAAGAGGCCGGCGACAGCUCUGCACGAAGCGAGUGGGCGGGCGCUCGUGCCCGGCUAAAAGAUGGCUGCUGCCGCCGGGCAGCCACCGCCUGGGAGGUUACUGUAAGGCCCGCAACUCCCGCCAGCUCCCGCGGACCGCUGCCGCCUCCUUACCAUGAAGCCAGUGAGUCGUCGCACGCUGGACUGGAUUUAUUCUGUGUUGCUGCUUGUCAUCGUUUUAAUCUCCUGGGGCUGCAUCAUCUAUGCUUCAAUGGUGUCUGCAAGACGACAGCUAACGAAGAAAUACCCAGACAAAAUCUUUGGGACGAAUGAAAAUUUGUAACUCCUCUGGAUUUACUUCUCUGGAAAUACAGUUCUUUCCCUCAUGCUUAGGUAGAUUUAAAAGUAAAAUUCAUAAUGCAAAGUUCCCAAGUUUAUUUUUGCAUUAUCUUUUAUAACAAGCACUAGUAUGCAAAUUUGCAGAAAUAUCAGGCACAUUUCACACUUCUUUUGCAGUUUUUGGUUUACUUGCUGCUUGCCAUCAUUUUAAUCAACUGGGGCUGCAUCAUCUAUGCUUCAAUGGUGUCUGCAAGACGACAGCUAAGGAAGAAAUACCCAGACAAAAUCUUUGGGACGAAUGAAAAUUUGUAACUCCUCUGGAUUUAAUUCUUUGAAAAUACAGUUCUUUCCCUCAUGCUUAUGUAGAUUUAAAAAUAAAAUUCAUAAUGCAAAGUU